AUAAAAGGGAGGGAAAACAUCGGUGGGUUUUUAUUCUCAAUCGUUCGUUCGUAGCGUGCGGACGCGUGACGAUACGGAAUUAAAUUAUUUGAUUUAGUUUGUGUGUGGGUUCGUUAAUUCGCGACGUAAUGGCUCGUACAAAGCAGACCGCUCGUAAAUCCACCGGUGGUAAGGCGCCGAGGAAGCAGCUCGCCACCAAGGCGGCGCGCAAGAGCGCACCGGCGACCGGUGGCGUCAAGAAGCCCCAUCGUUACAGGCCCGGUACCGUGGCCCUGCGUGAGAUCCGUCGUUACCAGAAGAGUACCGAGCUGUUGAUCCGCAAGCUGCCUUUCCAGCGUUUGGUGCGUGAGAUAGCUCAGGACUUCAAGACCGAUCUCAGAUUCCAGAGCUCCGCCGUGAUGGCUCUUCAGGAAGCCAGCGAAGCUUACCUCGUCGGUCUCUUCGAAGACACCAACCUGUGCGCCAUUCACGCGAAACGCGUCACCAUCAUGCCUAAGGACAUACAGUUGGCGCGCAGAAUUCGAGGCGAGCGCGCUUAAACAAAACAAUAAAGCGUGCUUUCGUUUCGUACCGACGCCGCCGUGGCUAGGCACAUGCUGCAGUGCGCAGCGCUUAGCUUACUAUCGUCGUUAUAACAACACAAAAAGGCCCUUUUCAGGGCCACA